CCUGGAGUGACGCGGGAGAGUAGGCGAGUCGGGAGGGCCGAAGGGUAGAGCGGCGCAGCCCUCUGGGUUGGUGCACAUCGUCGGCCUUUCUGGGCGCCGGGGCUCGCGUCUCACUGUCUCGCUGGGUUCCUCGAGCGGAUCCGGGGCAAGAGGGAAGAGAACUCCGGGACAAGAGGGAAGAGAACUCUGGGUCAAGGGCCGCUGCUGCCCGGACUCGCCCGCCAGCCCGCGCUCGGCGGGGCAGCCUGCCAGGGGUCUCAGCCAGCUGUGGCGGUGCAUGCCUUUAAUUCUAGCAGCCGCAGGUGGAUCUCUGAGUUCAAGAUUGGACCCAGUGUGGACGAUCAAAUCCAGCGAAUCCAGCGGGAGGAGGCGUAUUCACUUGCGUAGUUAAUGCACAGUGGCUCCUGAGGUGCCUUCAGGAUGCCUGCGGCACUUGUGGAAAACAGCCAGGUCAUCUGUGAGGUGUGGGCCAGCAAUCUAGAGGAAGAGAUGCGGAAGAUCCGAGAGAUUGUUCUCAGCUACAGCUAUAUCGCCAUGGACACAGAGUUUCCAGGUGUUGUGGUACGACCGAUUGGUGAAUUUCGAAGCUCCAUAGAUUACCAGUAUCAGCUUUUGCGGUGUAAUGUUGACCUUCUAAAAAUCAUUCAGCUGGGCCUUACAUUCACAAAUGAGAAAGGGGAGUACCCUUCUGGAAUCAACACAUGGCAGUUCAACUUCAAGUUCAACUUGACAGAGGAUAUGUACUCCCAGGAUUCCAUAGACCUCCUUGCAAACUCAGGGCUGCAGUUCCAGAAGCACGAGGAGGAAGGGAUUGACACACUGCACUUCGCAGAGCUGCUGAUGACGUCAGGAGUGGUUCUCUGUGACAACGUCAAGUGGCUUUCAUUUCACAGUGGUUAUGACUUUGGCUACAUGGUAAAGUUGCUUACAGAUUCUCGAUUGCCAGAAGAAGAACAUGAGUUUUUCCACAUCUUGAAUCUUUUCUUCCCAUCUAUUUAUGAUGUGAAAUACCUGAUGAAAAGCUGCAAAAAUCUUAAGGGAGGUCUUCAGGAGGUAGCUGACCAGCUGGAUCUGCAGAGGAUUGGAAGGCAGCACCAAGCAGGCUCAGACUCCUUGCUGACAGGGAUGGCUUUCUUCAGGAUGAAAGAGCUAUUCUUUGAGGACAGUAUUGAUGAUGCCAAGUACUGUGGGCGCCUCUAUGGCCUGGGCACGGGAGUGGCUCAGAAGCAGAAUGAGGAUGUGGACUCUGCCCAGGAGAAGAUGAGCAUCCUGGCCAUGAUCAACACCAUGCAGCAGUGAUAGCACGUGCACUGUGCUGCCUGUGCCAACCGCCCCAGCAGUGAUAGCACGUGCACCAUGCUGCCUGUGCCAUCUGCCCCAGCCACUGACCUGCAUCUGCUCCGAGCAGAGACUUUGGGUUUCUGUUUAAAGAUGCCUUUAUUUUAGAUCCAGAAGGGGGUUUGCUCUGAAUUUGUAAACAAGUCUUCCUUGUCCUCAUGCCCACGCCCCUCUGCUGCCUCCUGCCACCAGCAUCCAUGGCUCCAUGGACACCUUUUUAAACCUCCAGGAUGUCUGAAACAAACCAGUAAAAUGUAUAAGACUCUUAAGUGUUGUCAUUCUUUUUCUUUUGGCUUUGCUGCUCUGAUGAAGAUUCUCAGAUGAGCUGAGGCUGCCAGGGAACAUGGCGUAUGUUCUUGAGAAGUAGGGCUGCACCAGCAGGCUGCCCUGCCUUUGUCAGUACAUCUCCAGGACAGAGCAGUCCUGACAGUGAAUGACUGCUCUGCUGAAAUCUGCAGAGUUCAGAGUCUCAUUUUUGUGGUGGUAAGGUGACACCCGAGUCUCCCCAGUCACCUUUCCAGAUGAACUGCCCUAGACGAGGUCAUGCUCCAAGUCUGUUUUGUUCUCAGCAGAGUGAUCUCAAUCAGCUGUGUUCUUAGCUUCCAUUUAUUUAUUUAUAAAUGGAAAUAGCAAGUCUGAGCUGUCAAGAGGUGGUAAAGCUGAGCUCUGGAAUGUCACAGGAAUCACUUGUGAGCAGGGCAGCAAGGGAAUUCACCCCAGACCUGUAGAACCAUCCCCACAGCUGUGCUCAGAAGCCAAUGAUUUUUUCAAGGUUAGGCAUUUAGGAGCACACUGGCUUUUAAAUAGCUAUAGAAAGUACAAUUUUGAGAAAGCAGAAACUUCUUUGGGAGGCAGAGAUAGAUGGCAGCAGCUCAUCGAAGCAGUGGGCUUCCAUUUUAAAAGCUGUGGAAAACUGAAUUUGAAAUGAUUACAAAAUGUCAAGUAUUAAAGCUGGUAUUUAAGAUGCUUGUAAAUAUUAUUUAUGUUUUUAAUUUUGUAAAAUAAAGAUUGCUUUUUAACCACUGG